UUCCCACACACCAGACAGGCAUUCAUCGUGACUGACAGUGAUGUAUUGGCUUAUGUGGAAAACAUUGAGAUUAAUCCAUAUUAAUACGCAGGCUUAAGGACCAAUCACUGUCACUGGACCCAGAGGAGCACAGGAAGGAGACAACAGAGGAGAGAAAGAUCUGGAUAAAGAAGUGGUGAAGGAAUGACCCGAGUCUGUGAGACAGAAAAACAGAAACAAAGAGUUUUGGAAGACAAAUAAACGAAAGUCCACAGCUGCUGACCUUUGGUGACCUUUGACAGCCUGAUCAUGAUACCUACCCACCCUUUGACCUUCCUGACCCUGGGCGUGGUCCUAACUCAGAGUGGAUGUAUGCUCCCUGAGAGUCACCACUGGGAGGACUCAAAUGGCUCCCAGCUGCAUCCCACCAUCCAGAAACUAAUGAAGGGAUAUAACCGCUACAUGAGGCCCAACUUCAAUGGUGGCCCUGUUGAGAUUGGGAUGAGUCUGGAUAUCGCCAGCAUUGAUGCCAUCUCAGAAAUCAAUAUGGACUACACAGCCACUAUCUUCUUGCGUCAGCGUUGGAGGGACUCACGGCUGGUGUUCCCAGGGAAUGAGAGUGUGAGUGUGGAUGGACGACUAGUCUCCCUCCUCUGGAUCCCAGACACCUUCAUUCCAGACUCCAAACGCUCCUUCCUGCAUGACGUCACUGUGGAGAACCGUCUCAUACGGAUCUUCAGCAACGGGACCGUUCUCUAUGCUCUACGAAUAACAGCGACCAUCGCCUGUAACAUGGACCUGACCAAGUACCCAAUGGACAGACAGGUGUGCACCCUACAGCUGGAGAGCUGGGGCUAUAACCUACAGGAUGUAAUCUUCCACUGGACUAGAGGGAAUGACUCAGUGAAGGGUCUGGACACACUGCGCCUUGCCCAGUACAGUGUUGAGAGUUACUACACAUCUGUUUCUGAGGCUGUCUAUGAGACAGGGCUGUACCCGAAGCUGGUGCUCCACUUUGCUCUGCGCAGGAACGUGUUGUUCUUCAUCCUGGAGACAUACGCCCCUUCUACUCUGUUGGUGGUGCUCUCCUGGGUCUCCUUCUGGAUCAGCCAAUCAUCUGUCCCCGCACGCACCUGCAUCGGUGUGACCACAGUGCUGACGAUGACUACUCUCAUGAUGGGUGCCCGUACCUCUCUCCCCAACGCCAACUGUUUCAUCAAGGCCAUAGACGUGUACCUGGGCAUCUGUUUCACCUUCAUCUUUGGGGCGCUGCUGGAGUACGCCUGCGCCCACUUCUGUACCGUGCAGCACCAAACCGUAGGAGACAUACAUAGGGAGCUCCUUCAGGAGUUUGAUGAUUCCAACAGAAACGGUACCAUGCCCGUGGUCAGCUCCAGCCAACCAAAUCAGGUCCUUGAGCUAGGCUCCACCCAAAAGGAUCUUGUUGACCAAUCGGAGACGAGUGUCAGCGAGGCCGAGGCUACAGAGAAGAAGCCGGGGAAGGGGUGUGGCCUGACGUCGUUUAGGAACGCGUCGCGGCGUGCGGUGUCUGUGUUUAGUGUAGAGAACCCUCACAACAUCGACCGCCACGCUCGCACCGUGUUCCCCCUCACCUUCCUGGCGGUUAAUGUCUUCUACUGGCUCUACUAUCUUUUCAUCUGAUCUGAGUAGCACACAUCCUAUCAUCUGAUCUGAUCAGAGUAGCACACAUCUCUUGAUCUGAUCUGAGUAGCACACAUCUCUUGAUCUGAUUUGAGUAGCACACAUCUCUUGAUCUGAUUUGAGUAGCACACAUCUCUUGAUCCGAUCUGAGUAGCACACAUUUCUUGAUCUGAUCUGAGUAGCACACAUCCCAUCACCUGAUCUGAGUAGCACACAUCUCUUGAUCUGAUCUGAGUAGCACACAUCUCUUGAUCUGAUCUGAGUAGCACACAUCUCUUGAUCUGAUCUGAAAAGUCUCUUCUCAUCAUCUGAUCUGAUCCGAAUGGCUCCCUAUUUUCUAUGAGGUACACUACUUUUGACCAAAGCACAGUAGUGCGCUAUAUAGGGACUGUGUCCAAAAAUGGCCUCCUUUUCCCUAUGUAGUGCACUACUUUGACCAACACCUAUAGAGAAGGACCCUGGUCAAAAAUGGUGCACUACACUCUUAGAAAAAAAGGUUCUAGCUAGAACCUUAAAGGGUUCUUCAGUUGUCUACAUAGGAGGACCCAUUGAAUAACCCUUAUUGGUUUAAGGUAGAACCUUUUUGGUUCCUGGUAAAAACCCUUUUGGGUUCCAUGUACAGUUCAUUCAGAAAGUGUUCAGAUCCCUUGACAUAUCCCACAUUUUGUUACAUUACAGUCUUGUUUUAAAAUGGAUGAAAUAGUGAAUUAUUCUUCUCAUCAAUCUACACACAAUAUCCCAUAAUGACAAAGCAAAAACAGAUUUUUCGGAAUAUUAGCAAAUGUAUAAAAAAUAAAAACUGAAAUAUCAAAUGUACAUGAGUAUUCAGACUCUUUACUCAGUACGUUGUUGAAACACCUUUGGCAAAGAUUACAGCCUCGAGUCAUCUUAGGUAUGACGCUACAAGCUUGGCACACAUGUAUUUGGGGAGUUUCUCCCAUCCUUCUCUGCAGAUCCUCUCAAUUGAAUUUUCCACAGGUGGACUCCAUUCAAGUUGUAGAAACAUCUCAAGGAGGAUCAAUGGAAACAAGAUGCACAUGAGCUCAAUUUCGAGUCUCAUAGCAAAGGGUCUGAAUACUUAUUUAAAUAAGAUAUUUAUGAUAUUUUAAACCAAAAAGGGUUCUAUCUGGAACCGAAAUGGGGUUUCCUAUGGAGACAGUCAAAUAACUCUUUUGGAACCCUUUUUUCUAAGUGUGUAUAUAGGGAUGAGGUGCCACUGGACUGCCCUACACUGGACUGCCCCACACUGGACUGCCCCACACUGGACUGCCCCACACUGGACUGCCCCACACUGGUCUGCCCUACACUGGACUGCCCCACACUGGACUGCCCCACAC